AAUCCAAGGCCUCAGUUGGCGCCUUGAUACACGAACUCAGAUAGUUUUUUGGUGACGUCACGCUAAUACAAUUCCAGUGAUUAUAAGUUAGCCAAGAUGGAGAAUAUUAGUGACAAGCUGUGUAGUGAUGGGUAAAACCUCGCAAGACUUUCAUUGGAUUCUGCCUGAAAUAUGCCUAUUGGACGUAAUGAUGAUAUUCCUUUACCCGAUGGAUGGGAUAUUGGAAGAGAUGUUGAUGGAAAAAUUUAUUUUAUUGACCACAUCAACCGUAAAACUACGUGGAUAGACCCAAGAGACAGGUGUCUGAAACCCCAGACUUUUGCUGACUGCUCAGGAGAUGAGUUACCAUAUGGUUGGGAACAAUGUUAUGAUCCAAGUAUAGGCUACUAUUAUGUUGAUCAUAUUACUCAAUCCAACCAGCUUGAAGACCCAAGACAUCAGUGGCGUCAGUUGCAAGAAGCAAUGCUUAAAGAAUACCUUGUUUCUGCUCAGGAGGAACUAACAUCCAAGCAGGAAAUAUACAAUGUCAAGCAACAGAGGUUGUCCCUAGCUCUUGAUGAUUUCCAUCAGCUAAACAGUACUGUAGAAGGGCUAAGUACUUGCCCAUCCAGUAGUAGUCUGUGCUCCACUGGAUCAGCUGCUUCUUCUAGUAGUAGUGCCAUCAAAUAUGACCCAGAUCUUCUGAAAAUUGAUGUGGCUGUGGCACGAGAACGUGUUGAACGACUAAAACAAGAACUUGAUCAAAUUCGCACAGAGAUGCACUAUAAAGAACAGGGUCUGGAAGCUUUGUCUCGAGUGGAACAACAGUUUUCUGGUCAAAGUGUUGUUUAUACCUUAGAAGAAGCUCAGGCGGUUAUGGAAGAAAUUCAGAAUGUUCAAAAAUCAUUAAGAACUGGUAGAAAAGAAAAGGCAGAGUUAAUAGAGAACUUAGCAAGAUUAAAGGAUGAUUUAAUAUGUCUGCACCCUACCCCAGCUGAUGAUCCAACCUUGUGUAAUCCAGUGGAGAAACUAAGCAUUGCUUCCCAAACUGAACUCUCAGGAGAGUAUGCUCAUCUUGGUGCUCGGCUAGCAGAAAUGGCUCGUAUGAGGCUUCAGUAUGAUGAGAUGCGUAAGGUAAUACACCGUAUACAGCAGGAACUGGCUGAUCUGGAGGACAUGAUGUCACCUGGACAAGUGGAGUCAGAUAAAGAUAGGCUACUACUAAUUCAAGAAAAAGAACAGCUAUUACGAGAAUUCAGAAGUCGCAUUACAAAAGAAAGAAAUCAGAAUGAGAUAGAUUCCAUCCAAGCAGAAAUUUAUAAGUUGGUGGAAGCUGUAGACAAUGCCAGAGAAAUGUCAAACAAAACCAUUGCUGAUAGGUUGAGACUUCAUGAACAAAAAAACAACCUGUUGCAGCAGCUAAAAGAUGCCAUGCGUCAUACAACACUUUUAGAGUCCAAAUUGAAAAGUUUGUCAGCCAGCACUUUAUCCAUGUCAUCAAGCAGUUCUCUCGGGUCUCUCAGCACUGGGUCGUUGUCUAAUAGCAGCAAAGGCUCAUUGAGUAGUCUCAGUUUCACUGAUAUCUAUGGGCUUCCUCCAAUUGCUGUCAAUCCAUCUCUUGAAGAUCUUCACAAGCAAGUUAGUCAAAUUUUACAGUGCAGUACACACAGUAUCAAUUCAGGAGCAGCAUUUGAAGAUUCAUCUUCACCAGGAUUAGGCCCAGGGCUUAGUGGACCAUCUCUCUCUCCUCGUUCAUCACUUUCAUCUGUAUCUCCACCAGUCUCACCAUAUGACCCUGCUUUUGAAAUAGCUCAUUGGGAUAGGCAACAAAGGGUUGACAUGAACAACAUACAAGAACAGCUUGGAGAGCUGAGACUAAUGCCUUCGUCUCCAGAGUUUCUUAAAAGUGGCAACUUAAAUGCAAUCUCACAUGUUCAACAUCAUAAGGGGAAUCUACCUCGUAGAUGUCAAAUCCAGGGUCAAUCUUCAGAUCAGUAUGUUUUUUCUGCACAACAGCAGCCCCUAGACACAAGUGCUGAGACUUCAAGAAAUACCGCACUUAGUCCAAUCUGUGAGCAUGGACUCAGUUCUGAUACAGUUGAUAAUACUAGCUUAGUUAACAGUCAGGGUUUGUGUGCAGCAGGCAGUGAUGAAUCAGUAGCAGGAGACAGUGGAGUUUUUGAAGCUUCAGUAAAACGGCCAGAAAAGGACAGACUGGGAUUACACAACUCUAACAUUGAAGCAGCUCAAGUGCAAAUUAAAUUGAGGUAUGCUGUAGAUGACAAUUUGCUUCAUGUUGGGGUUGAACGAGCAAGAAAUUUAAUGGCAUUAUUUGUGCCUGACGAUCACAAAGUGUACAUCAAAACAAGCUUGUUACCUGGAUCUUUAGACAUGUUACAGAAGGAGAGUACCAAGUUCUUGGACAGUCUAAGAAAGCCAACCAUUGGUGAAAACUUCAGAUUCCACAUUCCUUUGUCCAAGCUGUAUACAAAGACUUUACAAAUUAGUGUUUGGUGCAUGGCCCCCUCGGGAGAAGAGGAGUGUCUGGGUGGUGCUCAAGUCAGUCUUGCUGACUUCAACUCAGAUAUCACCAUUACAAAGUGGUACAAUAUGCUCAAUUUUCGAUUCCUGCAACCAGAAGCAGUUCAUGACAAAAAUCAGAAGGCUGUUACUAAGGCUGAAGAAGAACGAGUUGACUUAGGUGAAUCUUUACAUGCUCGGGUUUUUACUUUAAAAGAAGAAAGUAGUGAUGAGUCGACCAUAAUUUCAUCCCAAACUUCAACACUUACCAGGAAUCAAGAUCCAGGUAUUGUGGAAUAUGAUGAUUUAUUAAUGGGACAAGAUGAUGAUGAAGAAAGUGAUGAUGAGGAGGAGAAUUUUAUGGAAAACUGUAGAAACAUUGCUGAUGAAACAGAUUUUCAAGAGUCUGAAUAUGCUGGGGACAACAAGUGUGAGUUGCAACAAGAGGAAAUAUGUGAGGAGUGUUUAGCUGAGAAAAUAAACCAGCAGGUGGAACUUUGUGAUAAAGAGACCAACACAGAAUGUGUUUUUCCUCCAUUUCGUGGAAAACAGAAACAAACCGAAGAUGCUAUGCGAACCAGUGUCAUCAAACGAUCACAAACCUUCACUCCCAGUGUUGCUGUAAACAAACACCAGUAUGUUUGUAGAUUAAACAGAAGUGACAGUGAUAGUUCUAUGCCCUUGUACAAAAAAGGAGCUACUUUCCAACGGAAUUCUGCCAGACGUCAGAGUCUCAGACUGAAGAAGAUGACCACAGUGUGUGCCAAGCACCAUCAUCCCUCUUCAGGUGGAUUAAAAAAUGCCAAUGUACGAACUUCAAUAGAUCUAGCUUUAGACCUUCAAGCAUCUCAUACUCAACUAACACUUCUACAAGAUGAGCUCUCCAGACUACGUAAAAUGAAAGAACAGCUAGAAUCAGUAAAGACAACACGUGGAGGUGCUAUACCAUCAUGGUUAUUAGAAAAUGAGCAGAUUCAACGAAUAUUAUCAAGUGCUGUAAGUGAGACAUGCAAAAAUAGUCCCGAAGAGAAGAAGCUAGAAAAGAGGCUAAAAAGAUCAUCUAAAGAAAUCUAUAAACUUAGAAGAAAUAGAAAAAAGCAACCUGAUAUAUCAAGCUUCAGGGACAAAAUGGCCUUCUUUACACAAGUUAAUACCAUCAUCCCAUCUCUACCUUCAAGUGAAAGUGCUGGAAGUGUGACAUCCCAGAAUAUCUGUGCUCCUCAUGACACUAUAUCUGUUACUGGACCAAACAAACAAAACAGUGAAGAAGCUAAGACUAACUCACAGGAGCGAUUUGAAUACACGAUUGAUCCAGAGUAUGGUGUGGAGGUGUGACCUUCAUACUUUGUUUAUAUGGAAGUGAAACUUCACUGUAUGUGUUAUGAUAUGUCUAUCAGUGUAUGACUCCUCGUAAAUUGGUCUCAGUUUAAUGUGGUCAUAUGAUCUGGUCUCUUGUGGAGUUGGUGUACACAGACAAGUAUAGCCGUUUAUUAAAGUACACUCACUGGUUGUGAUAGUAGUUACAUUUUAUCAUAAAAACUCUGUGAUUAAACUAAAGAGAAGUUGAUUGGAAAAGAAAAGCCUCAAUCAUGCAUUUAUCAAAGCUACCCAGGUUUCUUCUAUGUGCCAAGAUACUCAAAUUCACAGUUAUUACAAAUAAACUAUGAUGUGUUAAUAGAUAAUAUGCUUCUAAAUUGCAAUCUCAUUUUUCUUAACAUGUUUUUAUAUGCAGCACGAGGAAAUGUAAAAUACUUCUACAUAAAAGCUCCAUUGUUUACACUGUAUCAUGUUGUAAAUACGAUUGAAUUUACUUAAGUGGAUUUAAGUUCUUCCAUAGGUGAAGCUGAAUUAAUAAACCCAGUGAAACUGAUGAGUAGGCUAUUUAUAGAUUUUAGUACAUUGUGCUUUAUCUUAUUUCCAUGAGAAAAUGAGUUUUUGACUGAAACUGUUUAUGUUGUGUGAAGAAAAGUGUUAUCAAAAAAACAAAAAGCAAGAUUCACUUCACGGGUAGUUGAGGUAUUGUAAUUACAUUCAUAACAGUGUUUAUGAGUUAAUGUAAGAUAAUUUGGGCUGCCUUGACCCACCAUGCAAAAAAAAGUGGCUCAAAUAUCCAUGCAUUGUACAUUAGCUUCUGAUCUGAACUAUGUUUUUGUACUACUUUUGAUAGCCUUUCUCAUAUUAAACUAACUGUUCAUAUUGUUUAUAUUUGUGUGCAGAAUUUAAUAUUACCGAGUGAAAGUAGCAGAAUGAGUACAAUUGGUAUUAUAAUGAACAAUUUGUACUCAUCUUUUGUAAAUUUAUUCAUUCUGUACAAUGAUUUUAAGCUUUUAUUACUACUUUCAGCAGUAUGUAUAAGCUCAUUUGCAGCUAAAAAUAAACUUAUUUUUAUUUA